AUGGAGAAAAGGGAGAAAAGGAGAGGAAGCGAUCGUUACGCUAGCGACAACGAUAUGGAUGGUCAUUCUCCAACCUGUUCGGGUUCGAGACCCCGAAGUCAGCUCGCCGCCCCGAACGCAGAAAACGAGACGCGUCCGGAAGUGGCCCAAGAUGAGACACAGAUUAAUGCUCAGCCGCCAACUAUUAUUGAUCAUCGGGCGGUACGAGAUGGUGGUGUGAAUGUUGUCUUGGAUCAAGCGGCGCACCCCCCUCCAUUGUUAGUUUCAGGACUACUCCGUACUGCCGCGGAUAUCUGCGCAAAUGUGGGUGAUAUCAAACCAUGGAUGAUAGGGUUCCUUCUUUCGGCAAAAGUCAAUGAUAGUAAUAAAGGACGUACACGAGCAGCUGACAGGAUGUACAGAAAAGAAAAAAAAGCCAAAUCAACAGCCGCCUGCGCCUGCAUGGGUCCUUGGCCGACGGCGCCCUAUCAUCUCGAAAUCGAGUCAUCACAGUGGUUGCAAACCGGUGGCGGAAACAACGAAUGGGCCAGAUCGGAUUUCAUUGCUGGAGACUGGCUAAAAGGAAGUACUUUUCUCUGGGCUCGUAGAAGAACACAGAAACGGUGCGCCCAAUUUCAUGGUUCGGACCAUACACGGAACAUUACGGCCGGGCGGAGUAUGACGGCAGAGAAGGGGGUAGAGGAACCUGGAAGAGGUGCAGGCGAGAGUUGGUGGUGCGGCCUCGCGGAUUGGACGGGUGGUCUGCAUGUGGGUAAUUACUACAACCAUCUGGUAAAAGUGGUUAUGACUCUCACUAGAAUACUACCACCACUAUGGGCUACUCACCUCAUCCAUCGCCCCGGGGGGCGGUGGAUAAGGUAUGGUAUGUUACUAUGUGGCACUGUCCGCAGCAACACCUUUGCUCCAACUCUCCAGGCUCAAACCCAUCCUGAGUGGAAAGGCUUAGGCCCACAGCGAUUGGCUGCGUGUUUACAGAUCGAUGGAGCCCGGCCAUUAGCUUCUCUUCCGAUGAUUGGUCUCUCAGUUCAUUACGCCUCUACUGGAUCGUU